AUGGCGACCAAACCCGUGAAGUCCUUGGAGUCGGAGGAGCAGCGGCUCCACCGCAUCCGCAUCACCUUGAGCAGCCGCGACGUGCGGGCGCUGGAGAAGGUUUGCUCAGACCUGGUGACCGGCGCCAAAGCCAAGGAUCUGAAAGUUGCUGGACCUACCCGUCUCCCCACCAAGAUCCUCCGCCUCAUGGUGCGCAAGAGCCCUUGCGGAGAAGGCACCAACACUUUCGAUCGCUGGGAGAUGCGCAUCCACAAGCGCCUCAUCGACCUGCACUCGCCCUCGGAUGUAGUGAAGCAGAUCACCUCCAUCUCCAUCGAGCCUGGAGUGGAGGUGGAGGUGACCAUCGCAGACUUGUGA